UGAGCCCGGAGCAGCACCGCGGUGCGCCUGUCGCAGCUCAACAAUCUCCCAUAUUGUAGCCAAAACUAUGAUUUCAAAUUCCUCACUGCCUUUUCAGUCCUGGAUUUAUUAUAUCUCUCUCUAUUAUAUUUAGAAUAGAGUUUGUUUUUAUUUGUAAGUUGUAUUUAUUUAUUUUUUAGUUUGAGCCGAGCAUGUGCGUAAUUUUGCGAGGAUUGUCGAGGUGCCACCAGGAGUGAGUUGGGCAAUAUGCGCCGCUGGGAUAUGAUUUUCAACCGAAAGGCUUAUGGAAUAUAGCCCGGUUUGUCACAGCCUGUAUGCCCUCUGGUCCAGCCCCGUGAAGAAGAAACUAAUCCUGCUCAGCAUCAUGUUCUUAAUCUGGGUAUACAUGCUGUACUCCUGCGUGGGCUACUGCUCCACCAUGCCAAGUUUGGUGGUGGACGGUUACCGGGGCAAGGAGACCGGAGCGGCGGUGGCCAAGAGGACAGAGAGCGCCAGGACGGACCUGGUGUCCAGGCUGCUGGCCCAACCGCAGCCGUGGGAGGAUAUAGAGAGCGACUACGAGGAGCCGUCCAUCAGGACCGCCGCGUCCCGAGACCUGCUCAAUAACGAGCUGGAGGCGGACAGAGCCGACGACUGGGACGAGAUGCGCGGCGAGCAGCAGAGAGCCCCGGAGCCCAGCGCCAUGUCCAGCUUCUCCAACGGCUCCGGGAGCAAGAAGCUGCCGCAGGCGAUCAUCAUCGGGGUGAAGAAAGGAGGGACCCGGGCUCUGCUGGAGUUCCUCCGGGUUCACCCGGACAUCAGAGCCGUGGGCGCGGAGCCGCACUUCUUCGACCGCAACUACGACAACGGACUGGAGUGGUACAGGGAGCUGAUGCCCAAGACUCUGGAGGGCCAGAUCACCAUGGAGAAAACCCCCAGCUACUUUGUGACCAGAGAGGCUCCAGCCAGGAUCGCCGCCAUGUCCCGGGACACCAAGCUGAUCGUGGUAGUGAGGGACCCCGUCACCAGGGCCAUCUCGGACUAUACGCAGACGCUGUCCAAGAAGCCCGACAUUCCCUCCUUCGAGAGCCUCACCUUCAAAAACAGGACUUCGGGGCUCAUCGACACCUCGUGGAGCGCCGUCCAGAUCGGCAUCUACGCCAAGCACCUGGACAACUGGCUGCAGUACUUCCCCAUGGAGCAGAUCCUGUUUGUGAGCGGCGAGCGGCUGAUCAGCGACCCGGCCGGAGAGCUGGGCCGCGUGCAGGACUUCCUGGGGCUCAAGAGGAUCAUCACGGACAAACACUUUUACUUCAACCAGACCAAGGGUUUCCCGUGCCUGAAGAAGGCCGAGGGCAGCAGCAAGCCCCACUGCCUGGGCAAAACCAAAGGGCGGACCCACCCCAACAUUGACCCAGAGGUGGUGCAGAGGCUACGGGACUUCUACAGGCCCUUCAACAUGAAGUUCUACCAGAUGACAGGACAUAACUUUGGUUGGGAUUAAUGUGAAAAUCAUAAAAGACAAUUUUUUUUUUCCUUCUGUAAUUCAAUGGCAAGAUGCUGAGAUAUUGCUAUAUAUAUGUAAAAUGUACAGAAAUCUAUUUUAUAAUAAUUUAUUUUUAUUUCUAAGCAAUUAAUUCACUAAGCUGCCUAACCAUAUUUGUACAUAACAUCUGGCCCACGUGUUUUUAACAUUCCUCAUUUUAAUUUUGAAUCCUCUCGCCUCCCUCCCUCGUGGUCCUGUAAACUCAGCGGCUUUAUCGGUGCUUCGUAAUACAGAUAAUCAGCAAUGACUGAAGUAGAAAUUAGGGUGGAAAAUGAAAAAGCACCAUAUUACGGGUACAGAGUGCUCACAGAGAAGCGGAGAACACCGAUCCAUGUGCAUCCUCAUUCAUAUGCAUCUAUACCUUUUCAAACCCUCGCAUUGUGAGUGUGAUUCUUCUGUAACGUGUUUCACUGCAACACAGUUAAGUUUUCUGCAAUCCAAUUUUCCUGCACUGGCGUAGGCCUUAGCUGCAGAUCUCAUGUCCCUUUCCACUCAAUAACAGUGAGAUCAAUAGGCCUAAUUGAUCCUCAUUGUGUCACUCAUGCUUAAAGUAUACAGCUGCCCUUUCAUUCUCAGUGCUCCUGCUGCCUGCUCUAAUGAAUGACCCAUCCAUCAAACGGUAAAUCCUAUCCCGGACCACAUAAGGGCCCAUGUUAACAUUAUGCUAAUCGGGUAAAGGUAACUGGCGGAUCGAUUGGGCCUCCGCUCUCUAACUCCCCAUUAGAAGCCGUGUUGGCUGAGAGCCAGGCUCUUGCCCUAUCCGCUCAGUUCAAAGGUCACACAAAGUCUCAAUCAAAUUUCCUUGAGAGGCAUUUGAUUUGUAGAGCAGAGCCGAGCCGGAGCACAGAGGGUCAGGGGAAGGGUGUGUGCCUUGUUUUCACUGUAAGUAAAAAAAAAAUAAAUAAAUGAAAGAAAAAAAAAUCUUUGCAUGAGGCAGCGGAGGCUUAUCUGUCAGGAAUCGAGCAUACAGAUAGAAAAGAUGACAACAACUUGGCUUCGCCUCACUGAAAUAGCGCUUCUUCAAACAGAAGUCCACCAGGCCCCAUCUCAGAUCCCAGACUAAAGAGAUCAAAGGAAGAGGAAAGGUUUUUGUGAAGCACUCUCAGCACGGCAAGAAUUGCCUCAGGCGGGGGAGGUGGGGGGGUUCAUUGUCUAACCUCUCUAGUGUAAGAAAACCUCAUGUGCCAUCGUCCAUGGCCUAUAUACUUUAUGCCUUAUUCACUCACCCUCACACCUCUAUACUUGUUGCCAAAAAAAAAACCCAACCUCCGUGUUGAUAUUAUGUUUCACACAGCUUGAUUCGCUAUCUCUGCCCCCCCCUCUUUGUUUUCGUCUUUCUACUUGAAUUCUUGAUAUGCAAGAGGGAGAGAAUGUGUAGUUAUCAUUCUUUCAUGUGCUGCCCGAUCUCUUUGCAGCGGGUGGCACGGUAAUAUAUAAGGGUGCGGGGAGGCGGCCGUGCUAUGCUACGCUGUGCUACGCUGUGCAUGCUCAAUGUGGUGGCCAUCAUGAAAAUGCAGGGAUAAUGGGAAGGGAUUAUUAGCAUCCAGAUGAAGGGCUUCAUGUGCUUAAAGCAGGGCCCAGACUGAAUGUACACAACCUAUCCUCACACUAAAAGACCCUCAAAUCAAUUUCAAAAGGUCAGAUUGUCACUCCGUUUUUAGUUAAAAGUUACAUUUGAUUGUCUCUCUUUCUUUUUUUUUAAGUUAAGAAAAUGCUGUGCCUCUUUAAAUAUCCAAUACAACACAGUUAGCCUGCUCCUGUCAUUAAGACGGAGUGAACCCAAUUCAGCUAUUUCUCUUCCAUUUUCCAGUUGAAACCAGCUGCCUGGUUUAGCCUCAAACCAAUGUUUGGGAGCAGGGGAGAUGGAGGCUUGUUGUAGUUCUAUCUUUUACUUUCACUCUGCCUGAGCGAUGAUACUCCUCGUGAGAAAUUAUGUAGAGAGAGCCUUCAUCCCCCCUUCUCUCCUUCGUGCAAUGUUUGAUUAUUAAAAAGAAAGCAUUUAUGAUGACCUCUCUCGGCAAGCUGUCACACUCUGGAAGGACAGUCUGACAUUUUCCCUGUAAUUGAUGGAGACCUGCAUUUGAAUUCCGGUCAAGUUCACGUAACUGAGGGGAAUAUAUGAAAACAAACAAAAAAAAACAACUUCUUGCACUCAUGGGUUUACUCUGUGUUGCUGCAUCGGUUAUGGUUGAGUUUUAUUCAACCUGUUUUGAGAUCUAAAAAUGUUACAAAUGUUUGUCUUACCCACAUAUAAUAUGUAUUUAGACUAGCAGAUCUGUAUGUACAAAAAUGAAACAUGUAAAUCAAGUAUUUUGUGGUAUGUACAUCAAAGGAAUUAAUUUUACACAAUGCAAAAGCAAAAUGGAACAGAUGUUUCUAGAUGAUUAAAUACUGAACAUUCAAAAUAUUUCUUUGUUUGAAGAAAUAAAUAAAAAAGUAUAUAUUUUACCAAA